UGAACUCAUUUCUCGCUUCCUCUCUACAUUCUUUUACGUCCUGACGAGGGUUUGAGCUCAUGGCCAUGGAAUCUACUGCUGUCGACGCCCAGAACCAGGGCCCGACCAUUCUAGCGGUUUGUUGGCUUCUAGUCAUCAUUCCCGGCUUGAUGGUUGGUCUACGACUGUGGUGUAAGCUCGCACUCAGUAAGAGAGGCUUCGGUAUAGAUGACUUCAUUAUCUGUGUCGCUUGGUCCCUGCUCCUGAUUUACACGGCCCUCAUUACCCGGUCCGUGAAUAUGGGAGUAAUCGGUAGACACAUAUUCGCCAUCGAAGACCCGGAAAUCAUACCACCAGCACUCAAGCUCUUAUACAUCAGCUUCGUGAUUGUCAUCAUUGGCUGUGUCUUCAGCAAGACUUCUUUCGCAUUUACUCUGAUGCGCAUCGUCACCAAAACUUGGAUGAAGGUUCUUCUGUGGUUUAUUAUCGUCACGAUGAAUGCCAUCAUGUGGCUUUGUGCUAUCUGCUAUCUGGCUCAAUGCAAGCCGGCAGCGGCCCUUUGGGACGCUAAGCUCCUAGCUACCGCCAAAUGCUGGCCAAUAGAAGUAUUCGAGACCAUUGCUCUUGUUGCUGGGGCAUACUCCGGGUGCAUGGAUGUGAUUCUUGCACUUCUCCCGUGGGCGGUCCUUUGGAAUCUCGAAAUGAAGAAGCGUGAGAAGGUUGGUAUUGCUCUCGCUAUGAGUAUGGGUAUCAUCGCCGCCAUUGCCGCAUUCAUCAAGACCUCGAAAUUGGUCAACGUUGCCCAGGUUCAAGACUUUACCUGGUUCUGCACUUCGAUCACAAUCUGGGCCUCUGUCGAAACAGGUCUCACUAUUUUCGCCGCCUCCAUCCCUGCCCUCCGUGUUCUCCUCGUUCGCAUUCAAUCCAGCUACAACCAGUCUGACGAUCCUUCCGCUACCUAUGACGGGGAAGAGAUUACCCUGCAAGCCCACAAGGAAGGUAGUAGUGCUCAGAGCGUCAUCAGCGAGCAUGGAAUCAGUAUGACGCAGGAGGUGACGGUCGAGCAGAAUGUGGCUGGUGUGAGACGCCUAGAUGCUUGAUCGGAUAGGAUGUCUGAUUUAAAAGUUCCUGCUCCGGAUCUAGAGAUCUCUGUAGUAGACCAGUCUCAGAAGGGAGGCCGUGGCAUCUUAUUUCUGGACUAGUUCACUUAUUGGAGUUGGGCUUCAUAGGCAUGUAUAUAGCCCUGAUCUUGCGUGCUGUGAUGCCUCGUGUGGACGAUGGGGGUCAAGGGAGGGAUACUGAAAUCCUUGUGUAUGAUAAAGAGGUUCGAGUUGUUGAAAGUAGUUGAUAAUAAAAUGGUGAAAAUGGGGGAUGUCUUGUUGAUGACCUAUAACUUAGUUCUGCAAGUUUUUGCUUGAUGAAUUGGUCACAUUGUGAGUGAGUCUUCUGUACUACCCAGUAUACCAAGACAUGGGACCUCGACUCUACAUAGCUUGCGCUUCGAAGAUUGCAAGUCAAGGAGAGCGAACAGAGAAUAACAGAAAAUCGGGGGAACCAUAAACUUUUUGACUGUUGAAGUAGAGUGUGAUUUAUUCUAG